UAAAAAGAAAAAAGAAAUCUAGUUGAAAUGAAAUUUGUGUAGGUAGUUGAAGCAUUGGUUCUGUGUUGUUGGUUAGGAUAUAAUUGAGUAACAAUGUUAAUAAUUUUGUUGCUGUUGAUAUUUGUUUUGACGAUCAAGACAGAAAAAUUGUUCUCGUAUAAAACAGUCUCCAUAGCAUUUCUGAGUUUUCCUGUGCUGAGUUUUAUUGACGGGUUCAUCUCUAAAUUCAUCGAAACAGAGGGCUCUUUUGAGGUUAAAACUACUGACUUGAUAGCCUUAUUUUUGGUAUGUACUUGCAUCUGCGGACUGAUUGGCAUUGAAAAAAAAAAAGAAUUUCUUCUUAGCCCAGUAUUGUUGGUAAUACUGAUAUUAAUUGUUGGUGCGUUGACUACUUGCAUUCAUCAUAUCGUGGAAGACUUUGAUUUUAAGAAUGCCCAGUUCAAGAGCCGUGACGUCAGCGUUCAAUUCCAGUAUGCUGUGAUUGUUGAAUUCUUGUUAAUUUACGCUGGACAUGUCAUUUUAGUUCAUUACUGGGACCUGCUUGAUGAAUAUCAGCCACCCAAAUCGACCCAAACGUCUAAAUCGAAUCCAUCGUCUGAAGCACUGAUAAUUAAUGUUUCAGAAACAAUCAGCGUUUAAGCACCAGUCUUUGCUUAAGUUACUGCUUUAAAUGUUUAUGAUUAUAAAAAAAAAAAUAGUGAUAAAAAUUAAUUAAUUAAGUACCUACUAUUAAGGAUAAUGUAGAUACCUAUAAUGGUAUGCAAGUAAUUUUCCAUUAUUUUUUACUCAAUAAGUAAAAUUUUCUCAGCUUUGAAA